AUGACAGAAGGAAAACACGAGAUAGAAAGUAAUCGACGCCCAUCUGUUGGGCAAAUGUCUUUUUGCUCAAUGACGGAUGUUGCAGAAGGAAAUGGCCACAGAAACGGAACAAUCAGCGAAAACUGGAUCACCCUCAACGUCGGUGGAAAAUAUUUCACAACAACGAAGACGACGCUCAAGAAAGACCCAAAAAGCUUCCUCGCCCGACUAGCCUCCAUCGACGCAAACGACGUCGAUCAGCUUAAUGACCUAGGCUCGGAAAAGGAUGAGACAGGCGCUUUUUUAAUUGGUAAUUUGAUUAAUGCGCCACCAAUUUAUAUAAAAUCGAUAAAACUUGAGUAA